CCGGCGCGGCGCCGGGAGGGAGGAGGGGAACGCGAGAAGGGUCAGGCGCGCAGGGCGUCCGCGCAGCUCGGCUCCGGGAAGGGCGCGGAGCCUCUGCCUCCGGGAUGCGGCCGCCCGCGCUGCUGGCGCUGUUCAGCUGCUCCGCGGCUUUUGCUUUGGUGUCUGAAGAGAUAAAAGAAAAGGUCACGCCUUCGCAGGAUUUGAGGCAAAGUAAUCUACUAAGGAGACAUGAUGUAGACUUAAAAGAAAUCGUGUUUGUCAUCCAGAGUCAAAGUAAUUCUUUUCAUGCCAGGAGAGCAGAACAGUUGAAAAGAAACAUCUUAAAGCAGGCUGCAAAUCUGACACAGGAUCUCCCCAGAGUCCUCCUUCUCCAUCAGCUGGCGAAGCAGGAAGGUGCUUGGACCAUCCUUCCCUUGUUACCGCACUUUUCUAUAACGUAUAGCAAGAAUUCAGCAUGGAUUUUCUUCUGUGAAGAAGAGACAAGAAUACAAGUCCCCAGACUCCUAGAAACGCUCAGACAAUAUGACCCAUCUAAGGAAUGGUUUUUAGGAAAAGCACUGUAUGACGAAGAGUCGACGAUCAUCCACCAUUACGCCUUCUCCGAGAACCCGACAGUCUUUAAAUAUCCCGACUUCGCUGCUGGCUGGGCCCUGAGCAUCCCGCUUGUGAACAAGCUUACCAAGAGAUUAAAGAGCGAGGCGCUGAAGUCUGACUUCACAAUUGAUUUAAAGCACGAGAUUGCCCUCUACAUUUGGGACAAAGGUGGAGGACCAGCCCUCACCCCUGUGCCUGAGUUUUGUACAGAAGACAUGGACCCCCGCUGUGUCACCACGUUCCAUUCUUUCCUACCACUCUGUGGAAUACCAGUAAAGAAGGAGGAGAUUUUUGUUGCAGUGAAAACAUGCAAGAAAUUUCAUGCCGACAGAAUACCCAUUGUAAAGAAGACAUGGGCGGCACAGGCCAGCCUUAUCGAAUACUACAGUGACUAUGCAGAAACCACCAUCCCCACAGUGGAUUUGGGAAUUCCCAAUACAGACAGGGGUCACUGUGGAAAAACCUUUGCCAUUUUGGAAAAAUUUUUGAAUCGCAGCAACGACAAAAUCUCAUGGUUAGUCAUUGUGGAUGAUGAUACAUUAAUCAGCAUCUCCAGGCUCCGACACCUGCUUAGCUGCUAUGACUCCAGUGACCCGGUGUUUCUGGGUGAGCGCUAUGGCUACGGCCUGGGCACAGGCGGCUACAGCUACAUCACAGGAGGAGGCGGUAUGGUUUUCAGCAGGGAAGCCAUUCGGAGAGUUCUUGUGAGCAACUGCCGAUGCUACAGCAAUGACGCUCCUGACGACAUGGUCCUGGGCAUGUGCUUCAGUGGGUUGGGCAUCCCCGUGACACACAGCCCCCUCUUCCAUCAGGCUCGGCCAGUAGAUUACCCCAAGGACUACCUCGCCCAUCAGAUUCCAGUAUCAUUUCAUAAACACUGGCACAUUGACCCGGUCAAGGUGUAUCUCACGUGGCUGGCACCCAGUGAGGAAGACCAAGCCACGCAGAAGACACAGAAGGACCCAAGAGAAGAAUUAUAGAAUGGAGUCUGGGACACGCGGAUAUAAGAGAUUCACCCAGUCUGUUGAGCUGUGGUCCCGCUGCUCAUGUAUGCCAUGUGAAAUGGACACUUCCCAGACCUCACGGAAAUAUAAUAUUUUCUGGCUGUGUAGACUUAUAAGGGAAACUGGGAAAAAUUGCUUGUUUUGAUUGAUGUCAUAAUUGUAAUGCAACAAUUAUUGUGCCUAUUUUAGCCCACCACGGGCUGUGACACAACAGCUUUUUGACUGUCAGAGGAAAUAAAUAGUACCUGAAGUCCUUUUCUGUUUUCUUCCUUGUAACAGGGACUCUAAUACAAGAAUACGACUGGCUAUCAUUCCACAUAAACAUUGAGUCAUUUGACAUGGAUAUUGCCAAAGGCUUGAAUCUUUAAGCCAGCAAUUCUCAACCUGUGGGUCGCGACCCCAGGAGUGGCAGUGGUCCCAUAUCAGGAAUCCUGCAUAUUAGGUAUUUACAUUUCGAUUCAUAACUGUAGAAAAAUUACAGUUAUGAAGUGGCAGGGUGAUAGUUUUUAUGGUUGUUGGUCAUCACAACAUGAAGGAACUGUAUUAAAGGGUCCCUGCAUUAGGAAGGUUGAGAACCACAGCUUUAAAUGGUCCUAUUGUUGAUGGGAAUUGGUUCCCAGACACUCAGUAGGAAUGAAGUACUGAGGCUGAUUGGUAAAAUCUAAAACUCAGUGUGAACACCCCCAACUGUACAAUCACGGUUGCUCUUUCCCCAGUUCUGCUGGUUGCACCUCAAAAGCAGAGAUUCAAGGCCAUCUGGUGAAGCCUCUGCUCCCUGCCAGUCUCCCCAAAGUCCUCCCCUGUAUAGUGUACAGAGUGUCACCAGAACUUAGGAUGCUGGGUUCAUGGGUCUCUUCGGUGUCAGGAGUGGGGAUGGGAGUCUGGAGAUGUGUGCUGCAUCUGGAGCUGGCCUGUUACUCUUACUUUUCUCUGGGUGUUACAUAGUAACUUGCUUCAGGUUCAGGCUAGACCGCCUCCAUCUUGGCAGCUGCAGCACAGCCCCUCAUGAGAGGACCAUGUGGGGCUUGGCAAUUUUUCUGGGUUUUUAAAGAAUGAAAUCUGAACAACGUGUUUUAAAGCAACUCUCGUUUUCCAAUCAUACCUUUUAUUAGGUCGUAAUUUAACAAUUCAGUAUUAAUAUAAAAAAAGGACUGUGUCGAUGUUUAAAGUAAGAUGAUGAUUUUGUUAUAAAAAAGGUCUUUGCACACGAUUUGAUCUCAAGCUCUUAAGGUUGUAUAUUAUAAUCCUUUCCUUUUUUUUUAAUCUGAACUUCAUUAACCUUACUUUAUAAGGCUUCUAAACCCCUAUAGCCUUUAAAGCCACACCAUCAAAAGUACCUAUGUGAUUAUUCUUUAACAAUGUAUAUUCCUAUGUAGUUUACUUUUGACCCAUGUCCAAAUUCAUGCAAUAGUAUUUAUCAUCCUUUUCCCAAAUCAAUAAGUGCCUGGACUGGUGUGUGACCUGCUACUUCUGGUCUCUGGUUAAACAUAGUCUGUGAAAACUGAUUUUGUGAUUUGGCCAGAAACUGGACCCAGGACAGUCAAAUGUAUGAAAAGGAUCAUAAUGCUUUCUGGGUGUCCUGCUGAUGGUCCAGCAUCAUUGCUGACACAGCUCUGGGUGUGGCCAUUGCUAGCAGGGUACUUACCUUCUUGACCUUGCAGUGAUACCCCUGGGGGACCUGCUUACUACACCAGAACAGUACAGGGAGUUCCUUAACUCACCCCUCCACCUCUGCUCCUGAAGUGUUGCCAGCCAGAGAAUAGAAGAAGUUUCAUUCCAUAGGAUAGAAGCUAGCGCUUCUAAACAUGAAGAAUAAAGAACCGCUCAACCUUUUUUCUCUGUUAAGACCUGUGCCCUUCCACCCCACCCCCACCCCCAGGAUUCUUCACUGGUAUUUCUAGAUAUGUGGUUAAAUAUGUUUCCCUUUUGGAGCUGUAGGAGCCUCGCCAUGAAUACAAUGUCUGCACUUACUUCUGACCUUGCAUUUUAUCUAUUGGUUAAGGCUAGAUGGGGGAUUUGUGGGAAGCCUGCAGGACAGGUGCUUAAAAAUUGGGAACACUGGCAGAUUAGAAAGACAAUCAAUGCAAACUGAACGUCUUAGGAAAAAGCAAAGAAAUUUAAAACCACAGUUUAUAAAGGUAUUAUGUUUGAUAUAUAGCAAAUGACAGGCCCUAUUUUAACACCAACUGAGAACUGAUAUCUUAAAACCCCAAAAACAAAAAACUUAAUUUUGGGCCUGGAUUUUCAGGGCACAUACCAUCCUCUUUGGUGUUCUUUUCCCCUUUAAGUAAGGGUUUUUUUUGCCAGUGGAUAUUUUUAUCCUAAGGAUUUAGCACCAAGGAUUUAUGUAUAAAAUUAUCUGGUAGGUCAUUUUUACUUUUAAGCAUUUUUCAUGACCCAGCACAUCACCUGACUGUAGGAUUUUUACAUCUUACAGCUAAAUCAGAAGUCAAGACACAAAAAUAACCUUUGUCAAAUGCUUGGGAACAUAAUCGCUCAGCAGCCUGAGUAACACACGAUGCUAUACAGGGUCGUGCUAGAUGCCAGUGUUCUCUGUGUGCUCUGAUUGAUUGACGACAUUUAGUACGUUGCGUCCGUCACAGUUAUUGAUGUGUAUAGAGAACCUCAGAGAUUCACAACACAGUAGACAUUUGUAAGAAUAUUUGUGGUGCCUCUGUUCGUAGAUGUGUCAUUUCUGUGGAAGAAAAUCAAUCAAUGUAUCAUUAAGUACACUAUAGCAGACUUACAAAGGGGCUUUGUUCCUGCCAUCUUUGAGUGACAGGCCUGAAAAGGUGCUAUUUAUUGUUUUUGUCCCCAAGCCCUCUAAACAAGUCACCUGCAAAAUGUGUCCUCCUCCUUUCUGUAGAAUAAAAGAAAGGCUUUGUUUCUGGUA